GUUGCACAGUUUCAUAUAUUCUAUGAAUUAUUUAUAGCCCGUUGGAAAGAAAAUUCUCGUGAUGUUGCACAGUUUCAUCUAUUCUAUGAAUUAUAUAUUGAUUGAGUACAGUAAGAAGUGCGUUUUUGUUAAGCAGCAGAAAAGACCAGUUGCAGAAGAUGGAGGAUUUAGUUAGCAUGGAGGAGUGCAAAAGAGAGGGAGAUAAGACUUAUUGUGUCACCGGAGCCACUGGCUAUAUUGGGUCCUGGUUGGUCAAAUCACUUCUUGAAAAAGGGUGCAUAGUUCAUGCCACAGUCCGAGAUCCAGCAAAAGUAUUGCGCUUUCUGUCACUGUGGACCGGUUGUGACCGAUUAAGAUUGUUCCAAGCUGAUCUUCAUGUAGAAGGGAGCUUUGACGAUGCUGUUAAAGGCUGUGAUUAUGUAUUUCAUGUAGCAGCUUCAAUGGAAUUUGACAUCCCUGAAAAACAGAACAUUGAAACUUAUGUUCAAUCAAAUAUUAUCGACCCUGCAAUCAGAGGUACAUUAAACCUCCUCAAAGCUUGCUUGAAAUCUGAAUCAGUGAAAAGGGUUGUUUUAACAUCCUCCAUUAGUACAAUUACCGCCAAAGACAGUGGUGGAAAAUGGAGGUCAGUGGUUGAUGAAUCUUGCCAGAGUCCCAUUGACCAUGUCUGGAGUACAAAAGCAAGUGGAUGGGUGUAUGUACUCUCCAAGCUUUUGACCGAGGAAGCAGCAUUCGAAUUUGCAAAGGAAAAUAACAUUGAUCUUGUUUCAGUAAUUACAAGUACCGUUGCUGGACCAUUUCUAACUUCAAGUGUUCCAUCUAGCAUUCGCGUCCUCUUAUCACCAAUAACAGGUGACUCCAAGUUCUUUUCAAUACUGUCUGCUGUCAAUACCAGAAUGAGAUCAGUUGCUUUGGUUCACAUUGAAGAUAUAUGCAGUGCACACAUAUUUCUGAUGGACAAUGCCAGAGCAGAAGGUCGAUACAUGUGCUGUGCCAAGAGUUGUCUAAUGUCUGAAUUGGUCGAGCAUCUCAACCGAGUGUACCCUUCCUCAAAUUUGCACAAGUAAGUUUCUCUUAUUUUAUUAAAUGCAUAAACAAACAAUCAUACAGGAAUUAUGUGAUCUGCGACAUUGAUUUUUCACUAUGUUCCCAGGAUUAAGGGGGGGAAUCACAGUUUAGUACCUUCUGAGAUUUCAUCAAAGAAGAUAAAAGAUUUGGGUUUUACUUACAAGCAUGGCAUAGAAGAUAUCAUUUGUCAAACAAUAGCCUGUUGCAUGGAUUGCGGCUUUCUUUCUCCCAUUAUAAAGUGAAGUUAGGUGCUACUGUUGAUUAAGAUAAACUAAAAUUCAAUGGACUAAGCUAGGAGAAUAAAUGCAAGCAGAAAUAAAUGAGAGAAAAUUCAAACGAUUUAAACCAUUCUUCAUGUUUGGUACAUGUUGUUUUCUCACCAUUCAUAGAUGUCAUUACUAUUAUGAAGAAGAGAUCUAAUCAAAGACAGAAUGGAAACUUGACCUUCAGUUUUGAUCUGAUUUAAGGCGUCAACAGCGGCGCCAAAUUAUCUAGAUUUCAUGCCAAUAUGAAUCAACAAGUCUACUGUAGUUGUUUAUCUUCAAAACACAUUAAUUUUUAAUGUUAGACCUUGUUCAAAUCUACGUUCAACAAUUAAAUGGUAGCGAGAUAUGGUACA